CUACACACACGCUUCGUUUGUUUUGGUUCCACGGAAAGAAACGAAGACCGUGUAGAGGAAGAGCAGCUGAACGACAACCGAGCUGGGCUGUAGAAGUCUGGAUAAAAUGUGCAAACUUGUCCGAAUAUGUCUCUUCCUCUUGGUGCUUCACUCACUGAUAGUUGCUGUUGUUGCCAGAGAGAAGAGCAAUGUCCUCUUCAUAGUGGCAGAUGACCUACGGACAUCCCUGGGCUGCUAUGGGGACUCUCUGGUCAAAUCGCCAAACAUUGACCAGCUGGCAUCUAAAAGUCAAGUUUUUCUCAAUGCAUACGCACAGCAAGCCGUGUGUGCCCCCAGUCGAACGUCCAUGUUAACCAGUCGCAGGCCGGACACCACCAGGCUGUACGACUUCAAUUCCUACUGGAGAGUCCAUUCUGGGAACUACACUACUCUACCAGAGCACUUUAAAUCCAGGGGGUACUUCACCAUGUCUGUGGGGAAGGUAUUUCAUCCAGGCAUUGCCUCUAAUCACACUGAUGACUACCCCUACAGCUGGUCCAUACCUGCAUAUCACCCAGCUUCAUUUCGAUUUGAGAAAAAAAAGAUGUGUAAAGGAGAGGAUGGUAAACUGCACGCCAACUUGCUGUGUGCGGUGAACGUUACCGAGCAGCCUGGGGGGACCCUGCCUGACAUGGAGAGCACAGACGAGGCGGUGAGGUUACUGAAGAGUCGGGCCAGCGAGGACGUUCCUUUCUUCUUGGCCGUGGGCUUUCAUAAACCACACAUACCUUUUAGGAUACCACAGGAGUACCUGAGCCUGUAUCCUCUUGAUCAAAUGACUCUGGCCCCUGACCCUGAUGUACCCAAACUCCUUCCACCCAUUGCCUACAACCCCUGGAUGGACAUAAGGAAGAGAGAUGACGUCCAAAAGCUCAACAUCAGCUUCCCCUACGGACCGAUUCCUAAAGACUUCCAGCUGCGUAUUCGUCAGCACUACUACGCUGCUGUGUCCUAUAUGGAUGCUCAGGUGGGGCGUCUGCUCAGUGCGCUGAGUGAUCUGGGGCUGGCUGACAGCACUAUGGUGGUGUUCGCUUCUGAUCACGGUUGGUCAUUAGGCGAGCACGGCGAAUGGGCUAAAUAUUCCAAUUUCGACGUGGCGACUCGUGUCCCUCUCAUCUUCUACAUUCCUGGUGUCACUGCAGUCCGCCAUCACCUGGAAGAGUCAACUUUCCCAUUUAUAGACGUCUUUAGUCAGUCAAAACACAGCUUCACAAAUGACAGAGUAAUCAGAAACAUGGUGGAGCUGGUGGAUGUCUUUCCUACCGUCUCGUACAUGGCCGGACUCAGGGCGCCUGAACCUUGUCCUGAUGUGUCCUUCCAGGUGAAGCUGUGUACAGACGGAGACAACCUGGCCCACACCUUCCGACACAGAGAAAGAGGAGUGGACGCAGAGGAGAUAGCUUUUAGCCAAUACCCUCGUCCUGCUGAUACACCACAGGUGAACUCUGAUCUCCCUGACCUCAAAGACAUAAAGGUCAUGGGUUACACUCUGCGCACCUGGGACUAUAGAUACACUCUGUGGCUGGGCUACAACCCUAAAACAUUCCAGGUGAAUGUGACCGAUGUCCACGCUGGAGAGUUGUACAUGUUGGAGGACGACCCAGGUCAGGACAAGAACGUCUACAGUGACUCGGACCACAGGACGAUGACAAAGAAGAUGGACAGCCUUCCUCAUACUUUGAGCCUGAAGAUGAGGAUGAAGCUGCAGUUCCUCUACCUCACAGCGGGGAUGAAGAGGAGCACAGGGAGGACGUGAUAAAGGGAAUGAAACAUGGACAGAUGGGGACAAGUAUAAAAGGGAGAUGGAUGGAUUAAAGGGAGAAAAGACUUGAACUGAGUUUACUGUAAUUCAUGAUUCAGCAUUACGAAGUCUCCAUAUACAUUUUCUAGCUUUGGUUUCUUCAGGCUAAUGUUCUUUUUUAAGAACUCAGUAGGGCAGAUUUGGGCGGAGUGAAAAGGAAAUCGCUUUCACUCGGGGGAGUUAAUACUCUAUGAAGAAGGACUGUGGAUUCCUACAGAACGAAACAACCACAUGUGCAGAAACUCAAUUCAUCCGGCUUCUGGUAAACACAACCUCCAGUGUUGUCCUCCGCCUGUAAACUUUGACAUCAACUUGUUUGGAAGGACGCUCCGCGGACAUAUUUCGGACACUAGAUAAAUGAACAGUCUGUCAUUUGAAUGAAGAGGUGUACGACUCUAUUUGCAAACUGGAGCUAGUAUAAAAUAAGUAGCUCAGCUAUAGAAGCUGAAGCUAGCCUGGCAUUGUUCAAAACUCAUAAAUACAACACCAAUAAAGCUCACUGAACAUAUCCCAUUAACACAUUUUAAUUGUAGAGUUUAACUGUGCUUGUAGGCAAGUAUGUGGAGCUUUGGGAAGAUGCAGGCAAAUUUAUCCCCACAGUUUCCUGUCUUUGUGCUAAACUACGUUAAUCUCCAGCUGGAUUAUAUUGAACAUACACACAAGAGUAGUCCAGAGCUUCUUAUGGGUUCUACAUAAAAACCAGACAUAAGAGUAUUUGCUCAGAUGUUUAACAAAUCUAAUCAACACCACACAGAUGUCUCUGAGUAUUAACUCUAGAUCUUGAUCAACUUUACAGACUCCUACUGUUCAUCUAGAGGGAUUUAGUAAGUAGUAUUAUUGAGUAAAUUUGAAGAGUCGGCCCUUUCGAUUAACAAAAACACCAGUUUCUAUUAUUAGGUCCAGAGCGGUUCAUCUACUUUGCCCCUGAUCUCCCUUUGCACUCCCAACAGCUGACUGCCACUGUUUUGUGCUGGAGUGUUAAACUGUAUGACAUUUCUAUUUGCACUUGAUGUCUCAUGCAGCCAUUUGCCCUCCCUCCUCGUAAACAGUCGGUUCAGAUCAAUUCACAGACCUGAAAUGAAGUGAGUAAAAGCCACUCAUAAUAAUUCGAUGCAAAUGAAACGGUGUGUCUACAUUUUUACUGCGGUUCCGAUGCAUGAGCAUUUUGCGCCGGGGUAAUUUAGAAGAAAGCAAUUUCGGCUUGAAUUUCAGGCCCAACAAUGAAUGGAGGGGAUUUGGUCUGUCAGCUUUUAUUGUGGGCUUCACCGGGCUCAUCUUAAUGAGAAAUGAAUGAAUUUAGUAUCAUCGGUGGCCUUCAGUCAUGUAUAAGGAUGUUUAAAAAAAAAAAUAAAAAAUCCUAAGAUGGAAUUGAAUUGGCUGCCCUCCCACCCCCCGCCCCCGUGUGUUGUAAAUAUUUAACAUUCGUGUUUAAUCAGUAAUAAACAGUCCAUCUAAAAAUGAGCUUAUCCUUGAUUUAAGUUGUGUUAGAGCAUCCUUAAAACCUGAACAGCAUUUUUCUGAAGGGAAAAUAAAAAAAUAAAUACUAUAGUAAUAAUUCAAAUCUCAGGCUUGGCAAGGACACGCUAUAUUAAUAUAUUUAUGUCCGCUUCGAUCGGUUUGUAAAAUAAAAAAAUAAAAGAAAUAAAUAAAAAUAAAAGAGCAGCAUAAGCUAACUUACAGCUCCCUGUUUGUGUUUCUGUGUGUCCUGCAGGAACACUGCCUGCGUGCACACCCCAGCGCGCCGUUGUAAUGCAUUUUUCUGCUCACCCACAGCAGAAGUGUAAAGCUGCAGAGUAGUGAAGGAGCUCCUCAGGGACCUCGCCAGUCUAUUUGGUGUUUUCUCUCCUUCCUCCACUGCCUCUCGUUUCUCUCCUCUGGAGUAG